UUUCUCUAAAAAUAAAAAUUUUGUUUCAGGAUAUAUGGAUCCAACUGCCAUAUUUUGGUUUAUUUAUUCGUUUUAUUUGGCUACUUUCAUUUGGAAUUUUUAUUUAACUUUGCGACAAUAUAAUGUUUAUCGUAAAACUGAAACUAGGCCAGAGAAAGUUAGUGGAAUUAUUUCAAACGAGGAUUUUGUAAAGGCUCGAAACUAUAAUUUAGACAAAAUGCAUUUUGGAUUUUAUGAAAUUGCAUUUGGAAAAGCCUUAUCUACAAUAAUUCUUUUUUGUAAUUUGAUUCCCUGGCUAUGGUCAAUUUGUGGAAGAUAUGGACAAAUUAUAUGGCCUAGGAGUGGAGAGAUCUUUCAAUCCGUUCUUUUCAUUGUUUCUUCCUCCGUUUUCGAAACAGUUAUAGAACUGCCUUUUUCAUAUUAUGAAACGUUUUAUGUUGAACAGAAGCAUGGAUUUAAUAAAGAGACUGUGCCUUUCUUCUUCAAGGACCGAGCCAAAAAACUUUGUUUAAGUCUUUUAAUUUCAUCGCCUCUUGUGGCAGCAGUUGUGUGGAUUGUACAUUGGGGUGGACAAUAUUUUUAUAUUUAUGUUUGGGCUUUUGUUUCUGUAUUUAUCUUUUUGAUGAUGUUUAUCUAUCCAGAAUUUAUUGCCCCACUCUUUGAUAAAUACACUCCUCUUCCAGAAAGCGAAUUGAAAACAAAAAUUGAGGCUCUAGCUAAUAAAGUUGAAUUUCCUCUUAAGAAACUUUACGUUGUAGAAGGAUCUAAACGUUCAUCUCACAGCAAUGCGUAUAUGUAUGGAUUUUGGAAAAAUAAAAGAAUUGUGCUUUAUGAUACGCUUCUUAGCGAGGAGAUGAAUAAAAGAUUGAAACAGGAUGAUCAGAAAAAACCCGAACUGGAAACUACACCUAAAAAUGAGAAAGAUACAAUCAUAACAAGUUCAGAGACAGCUGAAGGAGAAACAAAUGCAGAAACACCUGAUAAAACAUUGGAGGGAGAACCAACUUCGAAGACAACAGAGGAGAAAGUUCAGAAAACCACUAGCGAGGAACAACCCAAACGCAGUUUAGGUAUGGCAGAUGAUGAAAUUGUAGCCGUUCUGGGGCACGAAUUGGGGCACUGGCGUGAGUACCAUUCGAUGUGGCUGUUAUUUUCUACUGAGUUGAAUAUGCUUACUUUGCUUUUUGUCUUUGGUUUUUUAUACCGCGAACCCAAUCUAUAUUCGGCAUUUGGUUUCCCCUUAUCAGCACAACAACCUGCUCUAAUUGGAAUUCUUCUUGUCAGUCAAUAUGUUUUUGCACCUUACAAUGAACUAAUGUCUGUAAUUAUGAGUUUUAUGACGCGACAAUUUGGCGCGGAUGCCUUCGCGGCUCGAUUGGGAUUCGUCUCGCAGCUGAGCACUGGACUUGUUAAACUGGGCAAGGACAAUCUGUCUCUUCCUAUCAACGAUUGGCUCUACUCUGCUUGCAAUCAUUCACAUCCUCCGAUUCUUGAAAGAUUAGAAGCGCUUAAGAAAUUUAAAUGA